AUGGGAUGCUUUGCAUCAAGGCCGAAGGACGCUGGUGGAAACAGAAGAAAGCCAACGAGCAUCGGGGACGUUUCGGUAUAUGUACCCGGUUUAAGGAUACCCAAGCCAGUCGAGUUUUCUCAGUCACUGGGUGAUCAAUUGCCAAAGACUCUAGUGGAGCGUCUAACAGCUUUAAGAACGCGGAUUGUUGUGAUGGCUAAUCAAGAAGGACCGACGAUAACAAGAACUAGGAGAAAGACACAACAUGGAGGUUCAACCCUCGCAGAUCUUCACCAAUCUUUAGAAGAAUAUUUACCUGUUCUCUUAGGAUUAACUAAAGAUGGUAGCCAUUUACAAUUCAAAGUACAGUUUAAUUGGGUAAAUCAGGAGGAUGAGGAAGAGGAAACAGCCAUGUCAUAUGUUUGGUAUGAAAUAUUGUCGGUUUUGCAUCUAAUGGCAAUGCUACAAAUGUCACAAGCCAAUUUACUGCUUCUUCCUAGAGGUUCCACUGAUGGCUACCAUCCAAAAGUAUCAGAAGAAAACAGGCGAGCUUCAAUUGAUAUCUUCUUAAAGGCAGCUGGAUACCUUGAUUGUGCUGUUAAGCACGUUCUCCCUCAGUUUUCAGCCGAGCUAAGGAGAAGUUUACCAGUUGACCUAGCAGAAGGAACUCUACGGGCUCUUUGCUUGCAAGCAUUAGGCCAGGGUGUUGAUAUCCAACUUGGAAUGGCGAUUGAUAGCGCAAAAGCCACUCUCGCAGUGAAACGAAGACUCUCGUGUGAAAUGGUGAAAUACUGGCAGCAGGCACAAGAUAACUUAAUGAAUCUUCCAUUAGCAAAUGGUUGGGGAGAAAAGCAUAGGCUCUUUGUUAAGUGGAAGUAUGUCGAAGCUAAGGCUGCAGCUUACUACUACCACGGUUUGAUUCUUGAUGAAGGAAACACAGAGAAAUCACACGGCAUGGCGGUAGCUGCCUUGCAGGCUGCAGACGAGUGUUUCAAAGAAAGCAAGAAAGCAAGUGAAGCGUUUAACACCUCUGCACCCACAUCAAGGACUCCACCGCUUUUCGGUACAAUGAAGUAUCUAUCAGAGAAAAUACCGAAAGACACUUCAAGUAAAGUCAGGAUAAACCGUGAUCUAUACUCAUACGAAAAAAUCAUGGAAACAGCACCGACGCUUCCUGAUUUUGCGUUGGCAUUGAAACCAGAUGAGUACCAACUUCCUUCCGUUGAUGCGUCAUGGUCUGAAGACAAUCUAAGGACUCAAAAUACAUCGAAUCAUAUUAAGGGAAACCAAAGAUAG